CUACGUAUCACAGUGAAGGGGUGAUCAGGUUUUUUGGGGUUGGGAUAGCCAGUACCUACAUUUACAUUUUCGCCUCCGCUGAGAGGGAAAGCAGAUUCUUGCAGUUUGGGAAGUGAGCACACCGACACGUCUGCCACGAUGGAGCCGCUGCUGUAUUUAGGAGGUCUGGUCGUUAUGUUCCUGCUGUGGAUCAAAGUCAAAGGUCUAGAUUACGUGAUCGUUCACCAGAGGUGGAUAUUUGUGUGCCUAUUCCUGCUGCCUCUCUCCGUUAUAUUCGAUGUGUACUACUAUUUGAGAUCAUGGCUCAUCUUCAAGAUGUGCUCUGCGCCCAAACUGCACGAGCAGCGCGUGCGAGACAUCCAGAGACAGGUGCGUGAAUGGAUGAAGGAUGGCCGUAAGACUCGGAUGUGCACUGGUCGACCCGGCUGGCUCACCGUGUCUCUCAGAGUGGGGAAAUACAAGAAAACCCACAAGAACAUCACCAUCAAUAUGAUGGACAUUCUGGAGGUGGACACAAAGAGGCAGGUGGUGAGAGUUGAGCCACUGGCUAACAUGGGUCAAGUGACCGCUCUCCUAAAUUCCAUUGGCUGGACUCUGCCGGUGCUGCCGGAGCUGGACGACCUCACUGUGGGUGGCUUGGUGAUGGGCACAGGCAUCGAGUCCUCCUCCCACAUUUAUGGAUUGUUUCAGCACAUCUGUGUUGCAUAUGAACUGGUUCUAGCUGAUGGCAGUUUAGUACGCUGCACUGAGGAAGAGAACUCGGAUCUGUUCCACGCCGUCCCGUGGUCAUGUGGAACUCUGGGGUUCCUGGUGGCAGCUGAGAUUAAAAUAGUCCCGGCUAAACCCUGGGUGAAGCUACACUAUAAGCCGGUCAGAGGACUGGAAAACAUCUGUAAACACUUCACUGAAGCAUCAGAGAACAAACAGAACACAUUUGUGGAGGGAAUCCAGUACUCUCUGGACACUGCUGUCAUCAUGACAGGGACCAUGACUGACCAUGCAGAGCCUGACAAGAUCAACAGGAUCGGCCUGCACUUCAAACCCUGGUUCUUUAAGCACGUGGAGGGCUACCUGAAAGGAAACCGCACCGGAGUGGAAUACAUCCCUCUGAGGCAGUACUAUCACAGACACACACGCAGCAUCUUCUGGGAGCUUCAGGAUAUUAUUCCAUUUGGAAACAACCCCGUGUUUCGCUGUUUUUUUGGGUGGAUGGUUCCUCCUAAGAUCUCCCUGCUGAAGCUCACUCAGGGAGAAACCAUCAGACGUCUCUAUGAACAGCACCACGUGGUCCAGGACAUGCUGAUCCCCAUGAAGCAUCUGCAGGCCGCCAUCACACACUUCCAUCAAGACAUCAGUGUUUACCCCCUGUGGCUGUGUCCAUUCCUGUUGCCACCAGGCAGAGGGAUGGUUCACCCUAAAGGACAAGAGGAGGAGCUGUACGUGGACAUCGGAGCUUACGGGGAGCCUAAAGUCAAACAUUUUGAAGCUAAAGCAUCAACGCGUCAGCUGGAGAAGUUUGUCAGAGAUGUGCAUGGGUUCCAGAUGCUCUAUGCAGAUGUGUACAUGGACAAAGAGGAGUUUUGGGAGAUGUUCGAUGGACAGCUGUACCACAGACUAAGAGAUGAGCUAGGUUGUAAGGAAGCCUUCCCAGAGGUUUACGAGAAAAUCUGUAAAUCUGCCCGACACUGACCUUCAUCUCCUGUCUCUGCCCCGACCUCAGCCCUGUGUCAAAGUAACACCAAGACAGUGUCUGCAGCUUGGUGAAAGACACUAAUUUUAGGACAUUUCUACAAAUAAAUUAAAAAAAACAAAACAUUGCUACAUUUUCAGUAGUAGUGGUAGUUUUCUUUAGUCAAUUAUCUGGGGUUAUGUUUUAUCACGUUUAAUCACGCUCUGGUUUCAUGUGCUGCCUAACUCAAACCUUAAAUGUAACUUGAUGAGACUAUAUUGUACCAAAUGUCUUAUUUUUUACUUUUUUGAAAAAAAAUGUAUGUUGCCUCGUGAAUCAGGCUUGUUGCAGUGCAUCCUAGAGAUAUUUGAUCAGUUUGGGAUAUAGUGAAUUUGGAUUUUCAUGUUCUUGGGGUUUUUCCUAAACUGUUUUUGUGUUCGUGUGUGUGCGCGUGUGUCAGGCUGCAUCCUGGUCUAGGUGGGUGCUACAUGUCUAAGUAACAUCUACACACUAAUUCCAGUACCAAAAGUUUCCCAGCAGUUCCAACACUGCACUUGUCACAAGAUAGUAAAUGUUAUUCACCUGUGGUUUUAAUGUUGUGGCUGAUCAGUGUAUCUUGUUUCCCGAAGUGCCAGUGAAAGCAUGAUGAGCCGCACGCACUUUUUGUUUUACAAAAAAAAAAAAACAUAAUUUUGUCAUGAACAAAAGUAAAAUUGUAAAUCCAAAAACUUUUAUUUUGAUAUCAAAUGGGAGCAUAUCUCCAGGACUGUGUAAUGGUUGGAUUAAUUAAUUAAAAAUACUUUUCUGCAAUCGA